UAUGUAGGUUACAUAGCCAAGGAUCCAGAAAAACAAGCAAUCAUCGUAGCAUUUAGAGGAACGGUACCAGGAAGUAUUAGAAAUUAUAUUACUGACAUUAUCAUUACUCGCGACUCUUGGGAAUCUGCACCUGGUACCUUGGUACACCGUGGAUUUCUUGAUGCUUGGAAACAAAUUCAACCUCAAGUUACCGAUGAUCUUGUAAAAUUAAUCCGAGAAAAUCCCACUUUCCAGGUCGGAUUUACGGGUCACAGUUUAGGUGGUGCACUUGCUACAUUAUCAGCAUUAGAUGCUAUACAUAAAGCGCCAGAAUUAGCUAAAAAUGAAAAUUUGUUUCUUACUACAUUUGGUCAACCAAGAGUGGGUGAUAAAAAAUUUGCUAAAUUUGUUGAUGAGAACAUAAAAGCAAUAAGAACUAUAGUUCGUGGUGAUCCAAUUCCUCGUUUGCCUCCAUCAUGGCCAAUUCCAUUUAUUGGGUCCUAUAAACAUUUUGGUGAAGAAUUAUAUAUAGUUAAUCCUGAUCAGAAUCCAGCUGCCUUUAUUGAAUGUAGUGCUGAAGAUCCUCAAUGUUCUGAAUCGGUACCUUUAGGUGAGUUAAGGCUAAAGUAUCAUGGAGGUCCCUAUUAUACUGUUAAUAUGGGA